AUGGCUGCAGCAAGGCAUUGUCGGGCGGGAGCGCCCAGUUCUCCGCUCCUCGACACGGACGCAGGUAAGUACCUGGGCGUCACCUCAGCCGGCUUCGCUAGAAAGCACGAUCGCGCCGCAGGACCGCCCACCGCGCCAAGCUGCGGCCACUCCUCGAGUCCCAUUGCCGAGCUGCCAAGCCGCUUCCGGCUAUCGGCCCCACCAACCGCGCCCCCUGGUACGGCCUCAGUCAAUCUUCCCGGCAAGCCUAGAGCCGUACAGCAUAAACACUCCACCAUCGUCGACCGCCGGUACGUGAGAAACGCGACCAUCGCCCGGGACCUCCGUCAGGAGAGCCUCGAACCUUCGUCCAAGGACUGCGACGCGGAUGUUCGCCCGUGCCGACCUUCACUUCCGCACCUCCGAGAAUCGCGCGACCCGAGGCCUCCCGACCACCGACGGGCGUUCCCACGCAGCUCGUUCGCCAGGGCCGCCACCGAAUUGACACCUGUCCUACAAGACAUCCUGGGGCGCGGCGCAAUACGCACGCGUUUCAAACGGCGAUCAUCCGCUGGCUAUGUCUCGCUGGGCCUCCCUCGGGGCUACCGGGGGUCUCACCUGGCGGGACUCCGCGCCGAAAGCGUUGCCCCCCGCGCCCCAAAACCACCUAUUACGACACCACAUCUGCAUGGCAGACCCGAUAUCGGCCCGUAUAACGGGCCGCACACCCGACACCCCCGCAAGCACUGGAGUGCGAAAGGGAUCCCGACGCCGCUGCGCGCCGGCGGAAAAACCCACUGCGUAAUACAAAGUUUCAACUAUGCUGGGCACCGAAAUCUAGUGAACUAG